AUGGGCAGCGGCUUCCCCGUGCUGGUGAUCCUCAUGGGCAAAGUCACCGACACCUUCAUCGAGUACCAGACGAUCCAUUACAUGGCCAUUUCUCCUAUUCCUUCUUAUGAGGUCCGAAACGCCUUCUACACAUCCAGUAUUAAGCCGCUGUUGGGGAAGGGCAAUGACAGCGCAGUCAUGGAGCAGAUGACUGACUUUUACAAGCCCUACAGCGAUGCUAUCAAUAAAACGGAAAUCCUUCCUGAGAACAUGCGCCACCGACUGGGCUACUCAGUGCCUCAUUUCGUUCAAAUCUUCGCUGACGGCGUUUUUCAAAACGGGUCGCUCUACGUGGAGAACUUCAAGACCGACUCUGGCAUGUGGUGCCUUUACAUGGCACUAACGACGCUGGGCUUUGUUAUCUGCAACUACUUUACUGUCACUACCUUUGCCCAGGCGGCGAAGAACCAGGUGUAUCAGAUCAAGCUGCUCUUCUUCCGCUCGGUCAUUCACCAGGACAUUGCCUACUUUGACACGAAGACCAGUGGCGACUUUGCCAGCAAAAUCACCGGCGAUCUGGACAUCAUUCAGGAGGGCAUCGGCGACAAGGUCGGCCUCACCAUUCUCUCCUUUGCCUCGGUGCUCUACUCCAUUGGCGUCGCCUUCUUCUACGGCUGGGAGCUGACGCUCGUCUGCGCCUCGGUCAUGCCCGUCAUGGGAAUCGCCUUUAUGAUCAUUGGAAAGAUCCAAGCCAAGUAUUCGAUCCAAGCCAAGUAUUCGGUGAGCGAGUCCUCCGCCUACAGCAAGGCGGGCGCCAUUGCCGAGGAGGUGAUCAAGCUGGUGCGCACCGUGUACGCCUUUGGCGGGCAGGAGAAGGAGUUGAAGCGGUACUACGAGAACAUCGAGCCGAUCCAAGCCAAGUAUUCGGUGAGCGAGUCCUCCGCCUACAGCAAGGCGGGCGCCAUUGCCGAGGAGGUGAUCAAGCUGGUGCGCACCGUGUACGCCUUUGGCGGGCAGGAGAAGGAGUUGAAGCGGUACUACGAGAACAUCGAGCCGGCUCGCAAGUCAGGCAUCAAGCGGUCGAUGUUCACCGCCGCCAGCAUGGGCAUCAUGUGGUUCAGCAUCUACGCCAGCUAUGGACUCUCCUUCUGGUACGGCGUCAAACUAAUCAUCCGCUCCAAUGAGAACUUCGAUGCGGCCCGCUACCAGGCGUCCACCAUGUUGAUCAUCUUUUUCAACGUCCUCAUGGGCACGUUCAGCGUCGGACAGACGUCGCCCUACUUUGAGGCGAUUGCCCGCGCCCGGGGAGCUGCCGCUCUCAUCUUCAAGAUCAUCAAUCAGAAGCCGGUGAUUGACUCGCUGUCGUCGGAGGGAGAGAAGAUCACCGACAUCAAGGGGUCCGUAGUUUUUAAUGACGUCCACUUUAAAUAUCCCUCUCGGCCGGACAUUCCCAUUCUGAAGGGGCUGCACUUGGAGGCUCAACCCGGUCAGACCAUCGCCCUCGUCGGUUCGAGUGGUUGUGGCAAAUCGACCGUUGUCCAGUUGAUUCAGCGUUUCUACGACCCCGAGUCGGGCGAGGUGCUCGUCGACGGGCGGAAUGUGAAGGAGCUGAACGUUGGCUCGCUUCGUGACCUGAUCGGCGUCGUCGGCCAGGAGCCAGUUCUCUUUGGCUACUCCAUCAUGGAGAACAUCAAACUGGGCAAUCCACAGGCGAGCGAUGAGGCGGCGAUACAGGCGGCAAAGGACGCCAAUGCCUACGAUUUUAUUCAGAAACUGCCAAAGAAGUUUGAGACGCUUGUCGGUGAGGGCGGCUCGCAGAUGAGCGGCGGACAGAAACAGCGAAUUGCCAUUGCCCGAGCUCUGGUCCGCAAGCCAAAGAUCCUCUUGCUAGACGAGUCAACUUCUGCGCUGGACUCCGAGUCAGAGUCGAUUGUCCAGGCGGCUCUGGACCGAGCCUCCGUCGGUCGGACCACCUUCGUCGUCGCCCACCGACUCUCAACGAUAAAAAAUGCCGACAAGAUAGUGGUGAUUGAUGCAGGUCGCGUCAAGGAGAUGGGCACGCACAAUGAGCUAGUUGAAGCGAAGGGCGUCUACUACAACAUGGCACGACUGCAGCAGCAGGACAAGGCCACCGACGAGGGUGGCGAACACCACCACCAUCAACAACAGCGCGAGCUAGUGAAGCGAGCAGAGUCGAGGAAGUCCAUUAACUCGGUCUCCAAGCUGGAGAUUGUCCGCAUCGACGGAAAAAUUGAGGAGAAGGAGG